UUGAAUGGGCUCGAGAUCAUGGAGUUGUUGAAGAAUUCGGGUGUAGUUGAUCCUUUGAACGAUGGGAAUAGCAGCAAGAAAGCGUACAUCGCGGUUGGAUGUGCUGUUGGAGGUGUGAUGUUUGUUUUGUUGCUAGGUUUUUUUAUCGGGUUUAAGUACUGGAAAGCUAAGCUGGUGGUAGGGACAAAUAGGGAAUCUAACACGGUACCAUCGCACGGUCAGAGUUCAUACACAAGCAUAAAUUUCGACUUUACCAUUAACGACCCGUCACAACAUCCUAACUUGAAUCUCAACCUUCAGUUCCAGUUUGCCGACAUAUUGCAAGCGACAAACAAUUUCGAUGAGAAGUUGGUGAUUGGAAAAGGAGGAUUCGGGAAGGUGUAUAAAGGAACUCUUCCAAGUGGAAAGACAGUUGCGGUGAAGCGAGCCGAGAAAGGACACGGGCAGGGUCGGCCAUAGUUCAUGACAGAAAUUAUGGUCUUGUCAAAAAUACGACACCAACAUCUAGUUAGUUUAAUUGGGUAUUGUGAUGAGAAAUCCGAGAUGAUACUGGUGUAUGAAUACAUGGAAAAGGGCACUCUUCAAGAACAUUUAUACAACACAAAUAAAGACGGCGAGAAGCUCUCGUGGAGUAAGAGACUUGAGAUCUGCAUUAGUGCGAGUCAAGGAUUACAUUACCUCCACACGGGUUCUGAUGCGGUGAUAAUUCAUCGUGAUGUUAAGUCAACAAACAUCUUGCUUAACGAAAACAAUAUAGCGAAAGUGGCUGAUUUCGGGAUAUCUCAAUUCGAUAACUUGGAGGAAAGCGAGAUGAAUAUUAAAGGGAGCAUCGGGUAUUUGGAUCCUGAAUACAUAAGUUGCUUGAAACUUACUCAAAAAUCAGAUGUUUACUCUUUUGGAGUUGUUUUACUUGAAGUGCUAUGCGCGAGGCCUGCACUUGAUAACAAGCUUCCUCAAAAGGAAGUAAAUUUGGCUGAGUGGGCGAUCAAACAGAUAGAGAAUGGGAUGGUGGAGAAGAUAAUUGAUCCGUAUCUUGUAGACAAGGUAAACCCGAUUUCACUAAAAAAAUAUUUGGAAACGGUUGAGAAAUGUUUGAAGAACACAGGAGAUGAGAGGCCAAGUAUGCUUGAUGUGUUAUGGGACUUAAUAUAUGCGUUGAAGCUUCAACAAAUGGUGGAGAAUAAAGAGCCAAAUGAAGAUAGCAUAAUGAAUACAUCGUUGGAGUGGUCGACGCUAAUAACUAAUCAUUUGCCUUCUAAAAGUGACGAUGAUGUUUAUGAUGUGAACGAUAACUCGGUCUCAACUUAUCCAAGUGAAAGCCAAGUAUUUUCCAAGUUGAAGAUUGAUGAAGCCCGAUAGUAUAAAUAAGAACAAUCAAGGUGCGUUCCAUAAAACCUUUAAUGUUUUCAGCUUUUCAAGUUAGGGUACAUAACCAUGUUGCCAUGCCAUUUAUCACCGGAUCACAAGACCAUGUUCUCUUUGUAUGUAAUUGUGUCUUAUUGAUUUAUGUUGUCAAGUCAUGCACCUAGAGUAAAUAGGGUAUUAUAUCCAUGAGU